UCCCCUGACGACGAUCCUCUAGCCGUACUGGUGAUAAUUGACUUUCUCUGCAUCAAGUCAAAGCAGUAUGACUAUUUGUCGAACUUUUAUGAUAUUUUGGAGGAAUCAAAGCACCUGUCGUUAAUGCCGAACUUUUGUUUUUCCCUCGCUCUCGCUCGUUUCUACCAAGACCGUGGCGAAAGUGACAUGAACAGUGCGAUGCUUCAAGAGGCGCUGCUAAAAUUUCCAAACGUCCUAAGGCCAUUGUUGGAUAAGUGCCAAAUCGAAAGCGACGCAAAAUCUGCCGCAUGUAAAUUCUUUUAUGGCAGUCACAAGGAUGGCCAGGGUCUGGAAUAUUUAACUAGGUUGUACAUUUCGCGAUCGUUUAUUUUCUGGAAAGAAGAAGACGUUCUUCACUGGCUAGAGAGAAACGUGCUUGCCGUGAUCGAUCGUCUGGAAAGCGACGAGACUGCAAAGGCUUUAGCGAACGAAUUUACGACAAUACGCAAGAAACGAUUUACAAACGUGCCAAUAAACCUGCUGAGGCACAUCGUUCUCUCUGAUUCAGCCGACGUGCAACUGACCAUUCCGGAAGAGUUCUCGAACACACCCAUCUUUCAGUUUGACCCGUUCCCACCGGCCGACUCUCGAUGUAGUUACAAGAGGCCUCAACGACAACCGGUUACCUUCCGUAACCAUCCGUUGGCUUUGAUAUUUUUCCGGUCGAUGUUUCCUGGCUACACUCCGAUCGGAACGACAGAGGAAGAGUUUGAUGCCGCUAUGGAAUUGCCACAGCCUGAUUUUCUGCACAUGAUGAACAGAGUAAGGGAGUAUAUUGGUCUGCGUCGUAAUGAACUGAAUAAUAUGGACAAUGUGCCUAACGAGAAUGACCCUGACAGACCGGACGAAGAGUGGGAAGAUGAAAGCUUUGAUUAA